AUGGAAACAGAUGGGUAUGAAAUGUUUGCCUAUCAUACAACUUACAAAUGGAAAAUCCAGGAGAAGCAAAAGAAGGUACAGGAGCUGAAACAGGCUGUGAACAUUAUAAAGCUCAGUGCACAGACAGCAGUAGAGGACAAUGAGAUAAUCUUUACUGAGAUGAUCAGCGCCAUGGAGAAAAAGCGCUCAGAGGUGACAGAGAUGAUCAGAGCUCAGGAGGAGGCUGAACUGAGUCAUGUUCAACAACUCAUGGAGCAACUGGAGCAGGAGCUCAUUUAUCUUCAGAUGAAAGUCAUUGAGUUGGAGCAGCUUUCAGACACAAAUGACCACAUUCAUUUCCUCCAGGUUUUAGAAUCUGGACGACAGUCUCCCACAGAUAUCAGACCAGACUUUUCCACUUCCAGCAUCGCUGUCCAUCAUCUUUUAUUUGAUGGAGUGAGGAAUUCUCUCUCGGAUCUGAAGAAGAGAGUCGAGGAAUUCUGUGAGGAGGAAUUCAACACAAUCCGUGCACAAGCUGCAGCAGUUCCCAUCAUUUCACCAGCAGAACCACAGAGCAGAGAAGAUUUUCUGAAAUAUUUUUGUCGUCUGACUCUCGAUCCCAACACGGCACAUCGUUCCCUCCGUCUGUGUGAAAAGAAUAAAAUGGUGACUCGCAGUGUAAUCGAACAGCAGUGCAAUGAUCAUCCAGAGAGAUUUGACUCCUGCCUUCAGGUGUUGAGUAAGGAGAGCCUGUGUGGACGCUGUUACUGGGAGAUGGAAUGGAGCAACGUAGUGGAAAUUUCGAUCUCAUAUAAAGACAUCAGCAGGAAAGGGGAGGGUGUGGCGUGUUGGUUUGGACACAACAAUCGUUCCUGGAGUCUGCAGUGUUCUUAUCCUUCUCUCACUUUCUAUCACAACAAGAUGAAGACUGAUCUCGGAGUUCCAUCAUCAUCCAGAAUAGGAGUGUAUGUGGAUCACAGUGCAGGAACUCUGUCCUUCUACAGCGUCUCUGACACCAUGAAGCUCCUCCACAGAGUCCAAACCACAUUCACUCAGCCUCUAUAUGCUGGGUGUAGACUUUAUAGUUUGUUUGGUUCUGUUGUGAGGUUGUGUGAGCUAAAAUAA